GGCGGCCGGUUCGAACGGCGGGCGCGGAGCAUGGCCGGGGCGUGCCGGGCGGCGGCGGCGCUGCGGGCCGAGCUCCACGCGCUGCACCGCGAGCGCCUGCGGCGGCUGGACCGCGCGGGGGGCGCCCGGCACGACGUGCUCGCGAUGAAAGUGAAGCUUCUUCAGUCCUAUGUAAUGGACCUGAGUGACCAGAAUGAAGUCUUAGUGCAAGCAAUGGAAGAGCUGGAGAGAGAAGCUGCCUGGAAGGUGACCACGCUGGAGGCAGAGCUUCAGCGCCCGUCCCUGGCUCAGCGCCCGGUGCCAACAGAACACCUUUCAGGAUCCACAGCAACGCAGACAACCAACUCUUCAUCAGGGCGAGGGAUGGAGCAAGAGGACCUGGGAGCUCAGGUGGCCUCCAAAGGGCAGCUCAUCCAUCAGUUAAGUGUCCAGCGGAGGGAGGCGGCUCGCAGCCAGGAGGAGGCCAGAGCUGAGGUUCUGGAGAAAGAAGCCAAGAUCCAGGAGCUGCAGCAGAUCAUCACGGGCCUUCACCAGGAAAUUUCCCUGAAGGACUUGGAGGCAGCAAGCGAAAUGCAAGAGAAGCACCUGUUGGAGACCAAGAUCCAGUCCCUGCAGCAGAUGGUGAGCAGCGCCUUGGCACCGUGUUGUCCUGAGAGCCAGCUCUCCUGCUCCCAGGCCAGCGAGCUCCUCAAGGCAGAGCUGGAACGCCGAGAUGCAAAAAUCCGGAGCCUCCAGAGCCAGCUCUUGCUCCAGCAGGACAAAGGGGAUGGCCUCGCAGCCGAGCUGGAUGCUCAAGAGCAGAGGAUCUAUCAACUGCAGACCAAGCAGAGGGAGAGGCAGGCAGAACUGGAGCAGAAGCACAGCCAGAUCCAGCAGCUCGAACAAGAUGUGGAGGCCAGCCGCCGGCUACAGGAUGAGUCUCAGAGGCAGCUUGCGGAGUGUAAUGUGCGCCUGGCUCAGGUGGAAGGAGAGAACGAGGCCCUCAGAGCCCACCAGCGAGAGCAGCUGCUGGAGGUGGAGGAUUGGGUGGCCAGCCUGAGGAGCAGUGAGCGUGCCAGGGAGUGCCUCUCCCGUGAGGCAGCAGUGUGCGAGCGGGAGGAGCAGGCGGCAGAGCAGGCGUUGCUGCGGCAAAGAGCGGCCGGGCUGCAGGAUGAGCUGCGGAAGAAAGAGGCCGCAAUGCACAGGCUGCAGACAGAGCUGCAGGAUGCCAGCCGGCUGGUGCAAGAAGCAAAGGCCCAGCUGGCCGGAGCAGAGGCAGAAGUGGUCUCCACGAGGAGCAAAUGCAGUGCAGCACUGAGAGAGGCAGCGGAGAGCAGCGCGGCGCUGCAGGGACUGCAGCAGAGGACGGCGGAGCAGGAGGCCACCAUCCACCAGCUGGAGCGCCUGGCGCGGGCCCGCCUGGACGAGCGGCAGCAGGCAGCAGAGCAGCUGCGCCGCGCGGAGGACCGGGCGCAGGUGCUGACCCGGGACCUGCAGAAGGCAGCGGCCGAGGCCCAGGCUGCAGAGCAGAAGGCACGUAUCCGUCCCUGGGUGGCAGGGAUCGCGGGCUUUUGGGCCAUGGGGCUGUUGGCCCCGGUGCUGCAGGGCAGGCUGGGCUCUGCCAGCGCAGGGGUGCAGGCUGCUCCGUCAGCUGACCCCUGCCCCACGUGCCUGUGGCAGGCACGGCGCUGCGAGGACGCGGUGCAGCGGCUGCAAGAUGAGCUGGUGGCGUCGCAGGUGGCUGCCAAGGGCAGCGCCCAGGCCCAGGAGCAGCAGCUGCAGGACGCGCGGCGGGAGGCGCAGGCGCUGCAGAGUGAGGUGCGCAGCCGUGGCCAGAUCGUUGCAACGCUCAGGAGACGCCUGGGAGCUGCCGAGGAGGAGCUGGCACGAGCUGAGGGCGAGGGCCAGACACGGGCGCUACUGCUGGAGCAGCUGCAGGCAGAGCUGCGACUGAGCCGAGAGAGCCGCCAGGCCGAGCUGCAGGGCCUGCGGCAGGAGCUGGACGCCUGCAAGGGGCAGCAGAAGGAGGCGCAGGGGCAGCUGCGGCAGCAGGAGGCCGUGAUGGCGGCACAGGGCCGGGACCUGGAGCACCAGCUGCAGCAGUGCCGGGGGCUGCAGGAGGAGGUGCAGCAGCAGGCGCAGGAGCUGGCGCGGCGGCAGGAGCAGCUGCAGGCAGCAGAGGAGCGUUUGGCUGUGGCCGAGGGCAGCUUCAGCCUGUGCCGGGAGAAGCAUGAGGCGGUGCUGAGCCAGGUGCAGAGCCUGGAGCGGGGCCUUCGGGACGCCCGCAGCCAGGUCAGGGAGCGAGACGACACCAUCGCCAGCCUGCGCAGCGAGCGGCUGGCUGUGAGGAGCCGGGCACAGGAGGCCAUGGAGCGGCUGCGCCAAGAGCUCCAGGCCACCCAGGAGGACCUGGCCCGCAGCCGGCAGCAGGCCCAGCAGUGCGAGGACAAGGCCCAGGGGCUCCGGGAGCAGCUGGCUGCCAGCCACAGCCAGGUGGCGGCAGGCGCGGCGGCACUGAGGGACGCUCAGUCGGAGUUUGCCUCCUACGCGGCUGCUCACAGCCACAGCGAUGCCAGCUAUGACCGCCUGGCUCUCCAGGCCACAGCGCUUCAGCAGAGGCUGCUGGAGCUGGAGGUGGAGAGCACUGUGCAUCAGCAGCGGGCAGAGGAGGCCGAGCGCCUGGCCCGGGACUGGGAGCUGCAGCUGGAGCGGGCGGCAGAGCAGAAGCACAGCACCAAGAGAGAUCUAGAAGCGCUGGAGCUGGAGCUGCGGGGCCUGCGGCAGAACGCAGCCGCCCAGGCAGAGCACACGCAGCUGGAGGCGGCCGAGCGGCAGCAGCAGGUGCAGCGGCUGGAGCAGCAGCUGCAGGAGAGCCACCAGCGCAGCGCCCAGAGGGCCCAGGCCAUGCAACGGCGUGAGAAGCAGCUGCGGCAGGUGCAAGCGGAGCUGGCGCAGGCACGGGCAGCGCAGGUUGGCAUGCAGCAGGAGCAGCAGCAGAGCGCGGGGACAAGCGCGGCGCUACGCCAGGAGCUGCAGGGGCUGCGGGAGAGCCUGCAGCAGGAGGCUGCGGCGCGGGCGCAGCAGGAGGAGCGGGCACUGCUGGCCCAGGGCAGCCUGCAGAGCGUGCAGGAGCAGCUGCGGCAGUGCCAGGCGGAGGCUGUGCGGCUCCAGCAGGAUGGGCGGCGCCAAGAGGCCAAGCUGCGGGUGCUGCGGGACCAGGCCACCACCAGCCAGCAAGAGGCCCAGCAGAGCAGGGAACUGCUCCAGCGCCUGAGGAAGGAGCUAAGUCAGUGGCAGGAGAAGCACGAGGCGGCUGCACAGCGGGGCCUGGAGCUGCAGCAGGCUGCAGCCAUCGCUGCCCAGCAGCUGGGGAGCAGCCAGGAGCAGGCGCAGGUCCUGCAGCAGCAGCUGCAGGCGCAGGAGGCAAUGCAGCAGGCCCUGUGCAAGGAGCGGAGGCAGCAGCAGUGCCGUGCCGACGAGCUGCAGGAGCAGCUGCAGCAUGCCACAGAGCGGGCGAGUGCAUUGGAGCUGGCAGGUGCCGUGCUGCAACAGCAGCUGAACAGCAGCCAGCGGGCGCUACGGGACCAGGAGCAGCAAAGCCACAGCCUGCAACACCACAGGAGCCAGCUGGAGACAGAGGCACGGGAGCUGCGGGAGCAGCUGCGGCAGUGCCAGGCCCAGCUCCAAGGGGCCCAGCAGCAGGCCACACACCAUGAGGCUGCCCUGGGGCGGCUGCAGGAGGCGCUGCAGGCAGCAGAGGCCCGCGCAGGGCAGAGCCAGGUGGCUGCCAUGGAAACUGCGCGGGAGCUGCAGCAGGCACGUGCCAGCAGCCAGCAGGAACUGGCUGCUGCCCUGGGACAGGCUGACGUCCUGCGCUCCUCGCUUGAAGCUGCCCGUGCCGACAGUCAGCGGCUGCAGCGUGAGAGCGAGCUGGUGCUGGCAGAUGUGCGGCAGUGGGCCACGGAGCAGAAACGAGCCAACGAGAGGCUGGGGCAGAAGCUGCGGGAGCAGAGCAAGGAGCUGGUGCGGCUGACAGGGGAGCGGGAGAGGCCCUGGUCCAGCUGCAGCAGCAGAACAAGCGCCUUGCAGCCACAGCAGAGCAGCAGCGCAUCACCUGCGAGCGUCUCAGGGCGCUCCAGGGCCGCAGCGUGGACGCAGGGGCGCUGCUGCACUCACCGUGGCUGCCGCUGCCCGGAGAAGACUGAAGUCCUGCCUGUGCACAGCAACCGCUUCCACCUCCCAGCACUGCUGACCACGAGCCCCGGCAGGCAGCACAGCCUUGUCCCUGGCAGAAACCAUGCGCAACAGCUCUGGGGGGGGGCAGGGGGCACAGGGCUGCAUGAGGCCAGCACCUGCAGGGACUGUGACUACCCCAGCAAGCAGGAGCGCAGCCCCUGGUGUCAUUAAAGUGGUGCAGGCACAGUC